AGAUGCGGUCGAGCUAAAGGAAGAGAAGGAGGUGCACCGGAAUGAGGAGGCGGUGGGAGGGAAGACCGUAGGCCAAGACGAGGAGCUGCCGAAAGAGCGAAAGGAGGAGAACCGGGAUUCAUGGGGGGAGAGGAGAAGUACACAUGAGGAGGAGAAGAAAGGGAGUCGGGAGCUGGAAGACGAGGAGGAGCCGAACCAGAUCGAGGAGAAGGCAAGAGGAGGAUCGGGACUGAGAGGAGAAGGAGGCGUCCGAGUUUGGGGAGGAGGAGAGUUUGGGGGUGGAGGAGGAGGAGCCGAGCAGCGAAAGUGCAGCAGCGGGAGAAAACCGGGAGCGUUGAACGCCGCUCGCUCGCUCGCUCGCUCGCUCGCUCGCUGGGGUGCAGAACGCGCGACUGGCGCCGCGCGUAGGAGCUGGAACGGCGCUUUUGCAGUGGAUGCGCGUGACGCUCCUCGCCAGGGAUGAGUCGCCUGCUUUUGUGGAUUCUCAGUGCAGUCGGGAUUCAGCAGGCCUCCUCCCAGAAUUCCACUGCCACGCCGCCGGCGGUCACGUGGCCCUACAACCGCACGCAGUACUGCCGGUGGCCUUGCGAGUGUCCCGCCCGGCCCCCCGCCUGCCCGCCGGGCGUGAGCCUCCUGACGGACGGCUGCGACUGCUGCAAGGCGUGCGCCCGGCAGGUGGGCGAGGAGUGCAACGAGGCGGACACCUGCGACCGCCACAAGGGGCUCUACUGCGACUACAGCUCGGACAAGCCGAGGUACGAAAAGGGCUCGUGCGCAUACACGGUCGGCACGGGCUGCGAGCACGACGGCGUCAUCUACCGCAACGGCCAGAGUUUCCAGCCCAGCUGCAAGUACCAGUGCGUGUGCGUCAACGGCGCCGUCGGCUGCGUGCCGCUCUGCACCGAGUCCAGGCCGCCGCGCGUCUGGUGCCAGAACCCGCGCCGCGUCAAAGUGCGAGGGCGGUGCUGCGACGAGUGGAUCUGCGACGAGCCCAAGAGGGGGCGCAAGACGGCGCCCAGACACGUCGCGGAGGCGCCCCCCGCCGAGCUGAGCGGCUGGCACAAGAACUGCGUGAGCCGGACCACGUCGUGGAGUCCCUGCUCCAAGACGUGCGGGCGCGGCCUGUCGCUGCGCGUCUCCAACGCCAACCGGCGCUGUGAGCCCGUCAAGGAGUCGCGCCUGUGCAACCUGAGGCCGUGCGACGUGGACAUCGCCAAGACCAUCAAGGUGCCAACGCGGACACGCGGGCAAGAAGUGCGUGAACGUGUACCGCGAGGAGCGCGCAUCCAACAUGAGCAUCUCGGGCUGCACCAGCACCAGGCGGUACCGGCCCAAGUUCUGCGGCGUGUGCACGGACGAGCGCUGCUGCAUCCCGCACAAGUCCAAGACGGUGGCCGUGGAGUUCGCGUGCCCCGACGGCUCCACGUUCUCCUGGAAGAUGAUGUGGGUGCAGGCCUGCUUCUGCAACCUCAGCUGCAAGAACCCCAACGACAUCUUCGCCGAGCUGGAGAAUUAUUACGGCUACCCCGAGGUCAUGAACUGAGCCGGCCGGCCGGCCUCACCCCCGUUCCCCAACGCUUCCUUCAAAUUCAUUUGAUGUUUGUAAGUCUUUGCCCGGACAAAUGUGUCAAUAAUGACGUGCGGCGUUUCCGCAAGGGACUCGUGAAGCAGUUGAAAAGAAAACAAAAACAAGAAAUACUUGUAUCCUGAUAUUUGAGUGUAAAUGCUUUUCAUUUGGUCAUUUUCAUUUUUUAGCCCUUCACAUGGCUUGGAAAUGCAACAAAAAGGUAUUUCAGUCUUAGAAAUUCAAGAAUAUAUUGUAUUUUAAAAAAUAUUUGAUCAUUAGAAAUCCAUUAAUGAUAUCCCAGUAUGACAUUUUUAUUUAUUUGAGUCUUUUUUUUAACUAGGAAAAUAUUUAUGGUCAUCUAAUAUUAAUACAAAAGUAAUGAAAUAAGAAUCUCGUUGUUCAAUUAUUUAUAGGACUUGGAAAUGAAUAAAAAAAACUAGUACUUUAAAAAAAUAUAUAUAUAUGAUCAUUUUAUAUUCGUGCAAAAUUCAAUUAUUCAAUGUAGAAAGAAAUUCAUCUAUUAUUUUUCUUAAUUUUUUGAGCAUUUUAUAUGACUUGGAAAUGCAAAAAAAAAAGUAUUUUUGCAUGUCUAAUUAUUUUAACUAUGUAGGACUUGGAAAUGCAAACAAAUGUUUUUAAAGAGCUGGAACCGAACAACAAACAAAACAAAAAAGCACACUGAGAUCAGAUGAGUUACAAGUUAGCAUUUUGUUUUAAUGUAAUUUUUUUUCUUAAUAAAUACAAACUGUUAUGCCGCCCGAACGCCGCAUCUUUACAAAGCCGUCAAAAAGCUCCAACAAAAGCAAAUGUUGGCCAACGUAGUGCAAGCCAGAGAGGAGAGAGACAGAGCGGCAACUAACCUCUAUGCCGUUAUUAUUAUUAUUAACAACAAAAACAAUAACGACGACAAUCGAAAUGUUUUUAUGUCUCACACAUACACACACAAAGUGAACAACGGCGUGGCGCCGCUUCGUUCCGUUGUGCUUGAUUGUAUAGAAAAUAAAUGGUAUAAAAAAACGUUAAUUGGUUUUUUUUUUUCCUGCCGGCAUUAUGAAUAAAGCUUUUCGAUUAAGAGUGGCUUUGAUUAAAAAAACAAGUAGUUCCCUUAAUGU